UUCUUAAACCUGUAUCAUUGAGGUUACAUGCCACAUUAUUGUGACACAUAAUUUAACAAAAAAACUACCAUUAUUAUGAUUGCAUAAUCCAAAAAAGUGUUAACAAUGUUUGGCGCCAUCAUCUGUGGGGAAAAGGGUUAACAAUGUGGAAUACAAGGGAUAAUGGAGAAACAAGGCAAGUGCAUGGAGAGGGGGUGGUGGCUGUAGCAGUGGACAAGGAAAAAUCCAGCCAGUAUGCUUUCAAAUGGGCAAUUGAUAACCUUUUCCCCAGAAGCCGGCCCCUAAAACUAAUCCAUGUUGUUCAUAGAUCACAAUCUAACCCAGGUGUGGCAGGAAACAGUGAAAUUGUGACCCAACAAGAACCAGAUCAUCAAGCUUUGCAAAUAUUACUUCCAUAUAGGUGCUUUUGCACCCGUAGAAAGGUGCAAUUUGAGACUGUGAUUCUUUACAGUUCAGAUGUGGCAAGAGCACUCCUUGAUUAUGUCUCCUUAGGUGGAGUUGAUACAUUGAUACUUGGCACAUUAUCAAGGAAUGGCCUUUCCAGUUUAAGGAUAUUCAAGAAUUCAGAUGUUUCAAGCAGUGUACUAAAGUCAGCACCAAAUUUCUGUAAUGUUUACAUUAUAUACAAGGGGAAAGUCAGUGCUAUGCGUCCUGCUUCACGUUCUGCCCAAGCUAUCCAUGCAGUUGAAAGAAAUCAAACUAUCUAUCACAAUGCGACUCAAUCAGAUCCUGACAUGUUAUAUGAUGAGGUCUCAGUUGUGGAGAAUGAUAACCCACAUGCAAGGCUAAGCACAGACAGUGAUUAUCUCUCAUUUUAUGAAAAUUUGGAAUCUGGAGGACUGGUUGGAUCUUCAUCAUCAUCAGAAAUUUUAAAUGGAAACUUUGAGCCCUUAUUCUCAUCUUCCAAAACUGCCAGUGUGGACACUAUGAAUGAUUUUUCAUGCGGUGAAGGACCAUUGUUCUCCUUAGAUAGUAUGGAAGAUGAAGUCUUAAGACAUAAGCUAGAGCAUAAGCAUGCAAUGGAAUUGUACCAUGCAGCCUGCAGAGAAGUAAAAAGCUCAAAUCAGAAGGUGAUUGAACUUCAGGAUUGGAACUUGAAACAGGAGCAGAGACUGAAAGAGGCUGAAUCAGAAAAUGCAAGAUGUAAGACAGACAUUGAAGUAGCAAAAAGGUUGGUAGUGCAAGAGAUGGAGAACAAAGUGCUAAGAGCUGAAAUGAAAGCAAUGAUAGAGGCAGAUGAGAGGAAGAAAGUUUUAGAUGCUUUAAGACAGUCUCAGAAUUUCAUCAAGUAUCAAACCUUGUUCCACUCCUUGAUUGUUCUGUUUUUAUUAUAUAUGUACUUCUCAUCCGCUUAAUCAAAACAAUUUGA